AACUUACUUCACGUCUGAACGGAUCAGCAAGGGUGCGGUGCAUAUUUGUGCUACAUGGGUUCAUCCUCUACACUGACAAGUCCUCUGCAGCCUCCAAACCCUUUGCUUUUCGUUUGGUCACAUGAUGAGCGCUUUAUGAUUGUUUACACUUACACGAACCUCGAAGAAAGAGACAGCCAGUGGAACUGAAGCAAAAGACAGAAAAGGGGUGGGGCAUUGCUGACUGCUUGGCUCCCUUUGCUGCAUCUGACCAUAUUAAUACAAUUUACUCCUUUCCUCCAAUAAGCCCUUCCCGAAGAUUAAAAAAAAGAAAAGGAGAAAAGAAAAAAGAAAAGGAGCCAGUGGAAACAGGAAGGAAUUAAACCAGACGACAAGCAAGAUGUUGCUGCUCCUGAAGACACUUCUAAUUCUCCCUUUUACAUUUUACCUCUUCCCUUCACUUGCUGCAGCAGGACCCACAUUCCUGAUCACAUUUCCUUUGGAUAUUCGUCCUGGCGUAAAUCUGGCAUUAGGCAUUGAUUUGCUGGCCGAGAGUCCAACCCCAGUGAAAGUGGCAGCUGAAAUCCAAAAAGAUAACAUGACCAUGGUUGCAGGAGAUGGAGUUUUUCAAAAAGGUUCCUUUGGUACGCUGAUUCUCCCAAAACUUCCACUGAAUAGUGUUAAAGGCAAAUAUGAACUACAUGUAAAGGGAUUUUCUAACAAUGAAGUGAUAUUCUCCAAAAACACAUCUCUCCAAUUUAAAUCAAAGAGUUUCUCUGUGUUCAUUGAAACAAAUAGUGUAUUUUAUAAACCUGCCCAAGAGGUGAAGAUACGAAUACUGGCUAUUUCAAUGGACUUGAAACCAUACAAAUCUACAAUAGAUAUACAUAUUUUGGACCCACAUGGAAAUUUGAUUGAGCAGUGGCUAGAGGAAGAAACUGAGUUAGGGAUUGUGUCCAAAAGUUUAUAUCUAACUGAUAGUCCUCCCAUUGGUGAUUGGUCAAUAAAAGUAAAGUUGCACGAGCAGCUUCAUUAUCAAACCUUUACAGUGAAGGAAUAUGUGUUACCCAAGUUUGAAGUUCUUCUGACUACACCUUUACAUCAUUCAGUAUUAAGUGGACCAUUAGAGGGUACAGUUACUGCAAAGUACACCUAUGGGAUGCCUGUGAAGGGAACUCUAUCAGUUACUGUAACAGGAAACUACCGGAGAAAAAACAAUAUGACCAAAAUGUUUGAGAUAAAUGGAAACACAAAGUUCAGCUUUAGUCCAUUAGAAUUGAAGGAGCUUAUGAAGAACAGAGAAUCAUCAUUUUCAGAUUCAUCAUCCAUAACGGGACCUGUGGACAUUGAAGCCAGUGUUACAGAAACACUUACAGGUAUUACCCAGACUGAAACCUCAAGUGUCUACCUAAUGGACAAACAAUACUACAGUGAAUUCUAUGACCAUCCAAGCGUUUUGAAACCAACACUUAACUUCACAACCUAUCUUAAAAUACUGAGAUAUGAUGGCAGACAACUGACUGCAGAUGAAAGAAAAGAAUCAAUUGAAAUACAAAUAACCCAGACAAUAGUGGAGCCAUCAAGUGAUUUGAACAAAUUGGACUAUAUGUACCCUGAUAACAGUACUUCGUAUGUUGAACAGUCAAUAUUCUACUCCAUUCCAGAAAAUGGCAUCCUUUACAUAGUGGUUCCACUCUUACCAGAUGUCAUUGUUUUAAGAAUCAAGGCCGAGUUUAUGGAUAGCAUAAAUGAGCUUGUAAUCAGCAGUAGAUUUUGGUCUCCAGAUAAAACCUACAUGCAAAUACAAAAAACAGAUCAAGCUAUAAAGGUCGGAAGCCCAUUUACAGUGACAAUAGACUGCAACAUGCCCUUAAAGGAGAUAAGCUAUGUGGUUAUGUCCCGGGGACAAAUUGUGUCUGUAGGGAAAGAGAACUCGAUGACUGUAACAUUAAAUCCUGAAAUCUCAUGGACACCAGAGGCAUGCUUAAUUGUGUAUAGUGUAGCAGAUAAUGGCACUAUUCUAAAUGAUGCUACAAGUUUUUCUGUUCAGCCUAUCUUUAAAAACAAGAUAUCCAUGUCAUGGAAUAAAUCUCAGACAAGACCAUCUGAUAAAGUUUCUCUGGCUAUCAAUGUGACUGAGCCCAAUUCAUUUGUUGGACUUUCUGUUGUAGACAAAAGUGUGAAGAUGCUUGGAGACAGGCAAGAAAUCACGGCUAACCGUGUGGCUGAGGAACUCCGGGAUUACACUGUAAGAUAUGAGAGGCAGAUCACUUAUUCCUCUGAAGUUUUUGAGAAGUGCAAUGUUGGAGUGUUAACAGACAUAGACCUUGAUAAUGAUUACGACACGACUCAACAUUCAACAUCACCGUUUGAAGAUUACUUUUUAAUGGAAGGAAUGCUACCAUCAAGCCCACAGGAUCCAGUCGUGCUUGGGGCACCUCGUAUCAGAUCACACUUUCCAGAAACAUGGAUUUGGAAACAUAUCAACACUGGAUCUAAGACAUACUUAACACUAGAAUAUGAAGCACCUGAUACUAUAACUUCCUGGAUUGGUAAUGCCUUUGUCAUUUCAGAGAAUUUAGGGCUUGGAAUAUUAUCAGAUCCUGUACAGCUGGAAACCUUUCAACCAUUUUUUGUUUCCUUGAAUCUGCCCAAUUAUGUUACUAGAGGAGAACAAUUUGUUUUGGAAGUACUUGUCUUCAACUAUUUGGAAGAAUAUACUGAGGUUGUUAUAACCCUUGAUCAAAAUGAUAGUUUUGAAAUAUUGUCAAACAAUGAAGCUGGAAGUCAACAGACAGUAAUGGUCCCAAGUCAAGAAGGAAAAAUGGUUUACUUUCCCAUCAGACCUAUUCAGCUGGGUGAAAUGGAGGUUACAGUGAAAGCAGUGUCGACUCGAGCAUCAGAUGCUUUAACGCAAAAACUACUAGUUAAGGCUGAAGGAAUAGAAUAUUCAUAUUCACAAACCACACUUUUGGAACUGAACAACAAACCACAAACCAUUUCAAAGGCUUUGGACUUUACAUUCCCUCCUGGUGUAGUAAGCGGCAGUGCAAAGGCAUUUAUCACUGUUGUUGGGGAUAUCCUUGGUCCAUCAAUCAGUGGUAUUGAAUCACUUAUUCAGCUUCCAUAUGGAUGUGGUGAACAAAAUAUGAUUAAAUUUGCCCCUAACAUUUUUGUAAUGGAGUACCUAACAAAUUCCAAGCAGUUGGAUGACACAAUCACUUCACAGCUGCUUUCAUUCAUGCGAGAAGGUUACCAGAAAGAACUUACUUUUCAAAGGACUGAUGGGUCUUUUAGUGCAUUUGGAAACAAAGAUCCCUCUGGAAGUACAUGGUUAUCAGCAUUUGUUCUGCGGUGUUUCUUAAAGGCACGGGCAUUUAUAUUAGUUGACCCUGUAGUAUUGCAUAACACUUUAACAUGGCUUCUCAAACACCAGAAGAAAAAUGGAGAAUUUUGGGAGCCAGGAAAAGUAUUACAUACAGAGCUUCAAGGAAGACAGAAGAGCUCUAUAACCCUGACUGCUUACAUUAUGGCAGCACUAAUUGAAUAUCCAGGUCUCAAGAUCUCCAAUCACAUUACAGAUGCAACAAAUUACUUGGAGUCUCAAAUGAAUGAGAUCAUUUCUGAUAACUACACUCUUAGCUUGGUGACAUAUGCGCUAUCUCUGGUUGGAAGCCCCAAAGCAAGGGAAGCACUAGACAUCCUAAAUAACAGAGCAGACGAAGAUGGUGAUUUACGAUUCUGGAAGUCCCCAGUUGAAAAAGCAUCUGGUUGGUGGCAGCCAAGUUCAACAGAUGUUGAAACUGUGUCCUAUAUACUGUUGUCACAUAUUGUACAGGAUCGUGUGGCUGAUGGUAUACCAGUUUUAAAAUGGCUGAGCCAACAGAGGAACCACUUAGGAGGAUUUUCUUCUACUCAGGACACCAUAUUAGGAUUAGAGGCAAUGUCAAAAUUUGCCUCUCUCCAUAAAGUUGUCAAAACAGCAUUAACCAUUUCAGUGACUGGAAACUACAUGAACACUUCUGCCAACUUCACGAUUAAUUCUUCUAACCGUCUGGUGCUUCAAAGAAAAGAAGUUACUGUUGGACAACCACUAAAUCUUUAUAUUAAUGCUGAAGGAGUUGGCUUUGCAAUAUUGCAGCUUCAUGUUAUGUAUAAUCUGAUGGAUUUGGAUUUGUCCAGAAACCAGUUAUCUACUGCAAACCAAGAUGCCUUUGAUUUAGAAAUUAUAGUACAUGAUGACAAAACAAAUAUAAAUGAUCUGAAUUUAACAAUAUGUACAAGGUAUAGUGAAACACAGACCUCUGCUCAAAGUGGAAUGGCUGUAAUGCAAGUGGAUUUACUCAGUGGUUUCAGUUUGUCACCUAAAGGUGUUUUACUUCAGUAUCCAGUUAACAAAGUGGAGUCUAGUAACGGCAAAGUCAACAUUUAUUUUGAUUCUCUCAAUAAAACACAUGUUUGUGUGGAUAUUCCGACAAGUAGAGAGUCAAAAGUGGGCUACACUCAAGAUGCAUUUGUGUCUGUCAUUGAUUACUAUGAACCAGGCAGAAGAGCUGUACAAAGCUACAAUUCUGAUCUGAUGCAGAAACUUUCGUCCUGUCAGCUGUGCCAAGACAAAUGCAUCAUGUGUAGAGAAGUCAAAAAUUCUGCUGGAUUUCAACAAACUAAUAUAGUCAAGUGGCUUUUCCUCAUGCUGCUUGUAUUAUAUAUAUAAUAUUGCUGUAAACUUUAUUUUGUUUCCAGGAGUUUUUUCAGGUUUACAGGUACAUUACAGAUAUUGGUUUUGGUACCACCUCUAUAGUUUUUUAAAUUACCUUAAUGUUUGGUAAUAUAAACUUAUUAUAAAGAAAAGAAUUUGGUC